GGAUCCAAAAGAUGUACUAGAAAUCAAGCACUUCCUGGUGCGUAAAGGGCUACAUCUCAAACCAUACAUAUGAAAGCGGACUAGCCACUUCGGAUUCAACCCACCCGUCCCUAUUCCUGUCACUGUCAACUCAUAGUCGUCUGAUCACUCUGAUGUAAACAAAAUGUGUUAAGUGUAAACUCAGUAAGAUUUGAAGUCAAGUGUAAGCAGCCGUAAAUUUCAUUUUAACCAAUUGUUUCAUCUCUAUUCGAAAAGAAAACCGCCGUGAGUUUAUUGAAAAACUGUGAGAAUAUGAAUGUGGUAUAAAGUUGUGGUGUUAAAUUAAAUAUAUUUCCAUUAUAAAAAAACAUGGGACGAACAUCUAGAAUCCGAAACAGGUUGGUUCGAAUUGUGCAUUCUCGCCCACUUCGGAUUGAUUCACAUUCAGAAUUCGUUGAACUUUGUAAAUGGAUGAGUGCGAAUGGUUGGAAUGCUGUGUCAAAAAAUUGUUUAGUUACAAAGCCAGCUCUGUUUAAUAGCACUGGACGAGGUCUCAUGGCUAUGUCUAACAUAGCUCCUAACCAUCUGCUAGUCCAGAUCCCCCAAAGUCUUCUUAUCACUAAAGAAAAAGUUUUGGCAGAGAUUCCUGACUUACUACAGUUCAGUAUGACUACAGCAGAAUGUCUAACUUUCUUCAUUUUGAACUCCAAGUUUAAUGGACUGUACUCUUCAUACAUUUCAACAUUACCAAAGAGCUUCUCAGUUGGUGGAUUGUGUAAAAGCCAAGAAAUAGCUGUCCUGCCCAGCUUUCUUCAAGAGAAAAUAAUGUGUAAUCAAAACUUUGUCUUAAAAAAAUAUGAAAAAAUCUUUGCAAUAUGGAGAAAGAUAUACGGCUCAACCCUCUCACUCGAACUUUUCCAGUGGGCUUGGUUUUGUGUCAACACAAGAGCAGUCUUUUAUCAAGAUUCUAAACAACACUCACAUGGAUUGAACAAGGUGGAUGGAAUGGAAAAUAACAUGGCCUUAGCUCCAUAUUUAGACAUGUUUAAUCACGACGCAGAAGUAGUCGUUGAAGCUGGUUUUAACAAAACUACCCAAUGUUAUGAAAUACGAGUAUGGAUUUUUAGCAACCAAAAAUUUACACAAAGCUGUGGAAUUCGAUAUCGACGUUCUCUUCGAUUUGGUCCUUGGUUGUCCUUCCAAACCAUGCUGUUUGCAGACUAAGCAGAUCGCCCUUCUCAGACAACUCUCCAAGAUGGGGAAUUUAUUUUGCAGCCAAGAAGGAUUCAGCUGGAAUGCACAAAUAGCACUGACGAUGAUCUCCUUCAACG